CAAAAGCGUCACCAGCAAAAUCCCCUAGAAAGUGUAGGAAGUAUUUGCCCCGUUAAUUAAAAUUUAUCACAGAAAAUGAGACAAGAACGCAUCAACAAACAAAAAAACGCAUUGUAAACACAACCCAAGUGAUGUUUUGAAUACUCCAGUCGUAACAAUCAACCACAUAACCUAACUUUUACUUGCAACGAAAAUGUGGGACUCUACGAUGUUUCUAAGCACCCUCACCCCGAAAUUCUACGUGGCAUUAACAGGCACCUCGUCCCUAAUCUCCGGCUUGAUUUUAAUUUUCGAGUGGUGGUACUUCCGCAAGUACGGGACGAGUUUCAUUGAACAAAUCUCCCUGAAUCACAUCAGCCCCUGGAUCAGCGGGGUUGAGAACACCGACAAUGGGAACUCAAACAAUAGCUCUUCGAGCAGCUCGCAAAACAAUGUACCUGAAUGUAAAGUGUGGCGGAACCCCUUGAAUUUGUACCGGGGGGCGGAAUACCAGAGGUUUUAUUGGGCUACGAAUAAGGAGCCUCUGACGUACUACGACAUGAACUUGUCGGCGCAGGAUCACCAGACUUUUUUCACGUGUGAGGCGGACGGCGGGAAGGCGGAGUACGAAAUAAUGCAGACGGCCUGGAGGGAAAGAAACCCGAUGGUACGGAUUAAAGCCGCCCAUAGUGCGUUGGAGAAGAGCCCGGAGUGUGCCCCCGCCUACAUUUUACUAGCGGAAGAAGAGGCCACGACAAUCACCGAAGCCGAGAAAAUUCUCAAACAAGCUCUAAAAGUCGCCGAGACGAACUACCGGAAAUCGCAGACCAUGCAACAUCAAGGCAGUUUGAUGGAAGCGCAGCACAGGAGGGACACUAACGUGUUAAUUUAUAUAAAGAGACGAUUAGCGAUGUGUGCUCGUAGGUUAGGAAAGUUAAAAGAGGCAGUGAAGAUGUUUCGGGACUUAACAAAGGAAGUACCCCCAAUAAUGAACGUUUUAAACAUUCACGAAAACUUGAUUGAGGCGCUACUGGAAAUGCAAGCAUACGCAGACGUGCAGGCCGUUUUGGCCAAAUACGACGAUAUUUCACUCCCUAAAUCGGCAACUAUUUGUUACACUGCUGCCCUUCUCAAAGCCCGGAUAGUCGCCGAUAAAUUCUCUCCAGAUGUCGCUAGUAAAAGGGGGCUAAACACCGCUGAAAUGGCAGCUGUCGAAGCCAUACAUCGAGCCGUCGAAUUCAACCCACACGUUCCUAAAUAUUUACUAGAAAUGAAACCUUUAAUCUUGCCCCCAGAGCACGUGUUGAAACGAGGCGACUCUGAAGCCAUCGCCUACACGUUUUUUCAUUUAGCGCACUGGAAGGCGGUCGAUGGGGCUUUGAACCUGCUGCACUGCACGUGGGAAGGUACGUUCCGAAUGCUACCCUACCCCUUGGAACGUGGCCACUUAUUCUACCCAUACCCCACCUGUACAGAGUGCGCAGACCGAGAAUUACUACCGUCGUUCCACGAAGUGUCAGUGUAUCCCAAGAAGGAGUUGCCGUUUUUUAUUAUUUUUACGGCUGGGUUGUGUUCGUUCACGGCCCUUUUGACUCUCUUGACCCACCAGUACCCAGAACCCAUGGGUGUGGUUGCCAAAGCCGUUCUCAGUUGGUUGUCUACGCCUGUGUAUUUUAUUUACGAGAAAGUCGAAAACAUGUUGCCGGCGAACUUGUUACAACAGUUGUCGAGGAUCUAAGGAGAGUUUCAAAGCCGAGGUUCAUUUGUAGUCAUUAUUUUCAGAGUGGUUAAAUCUGUAUUGUUUGUUAAAUUUUAUUGAUUUUAUUGUUUGUGAUUUUUGUUCAAGCGAAGCUGUACUUAAUGUAUGUAAAGAUGUGAAUAUGCAAAGAA